AUGUCUGAACUGAGGUCAGUUUUACUGGUAGGCGGUGCAGGAUUCUUAGGUCUUCACCUUAUUGAACAAUUUCACAACAUAAGCCCAAGGCCAGAUAUACAUGUUUUUGACGUCAGGCCACUUCCAGAAAGAAUAUCAAAACAGUUUACUUUCGACCCAUCCACGAUUAAGGUUCAUCAAGGGGACUUAACUUCUGAAGAAGACGUUGAAAGAGCUAUUAAGGAGAGUAAUGCCAAUGUCCUUGUGCAUUCCGCGUCACCAAUGCAUGGAAAUAGUCAGGAGAUUUAUGAAAAGGUGAACGUCAAGGGUACAAGAAACCUCUUGAAUGUAUCCAAGAGACUCGGAAUAGAAGCAUUUGUUUAUACUUCUUCUGCUGGUGUAAUCUUCAACGGACAUGAUGUUCAUAAUGCAGACGAAACUUGGCCAAUCCCAGAGAUUCCAAUGGAUGGCUAUAACGAGACCAAGGCCAUUGCAGAAGAAAUGGUUCUUGAAGCUAACGAUCCAUCUUCCAAGUUUUUUACGAUUGCACUAAGACCAGCAGGUAUUUUUGGACCUGGUGACAGGCAGCUCGUACCUGGGUUGAGAAGUGUGGCAAAACUGGGACAGUCUAAAUUUCAACUGGGGGACAACAACAAUCUCUUCGACUGGACAUAUGCCGGAAAUGUCGCCGAUGCUCAUGUUCUUGCGGCCGAGAAGUUACUGAACCCUUCGACAGCUUCACAAGUAUCUGGUGAAACGUUUUUUAUUACGAAUGAUUCGCCCGCAUAUUUUUGGGCUCUAGCUCGUACUGUCUGGAAGGCCGAUGGGCACAUCGAUAAACAUACUAUUGUUUUGAACAGACCGGUAGCAAUUGUGGCGGGUUAUUUAUCUGAGUUUUUCUCAAAGUUAACUGGUAAAGAACCUGGUUUAACUCCUUUCAGAGUUAAGAUCGUUUGUGCCUAUCGGUAUCAUAACAUAGCGAAAGCAAAACGUCUCUUGGGCUACAAACCUAGAGUUGAUAUUGAAGAGGGUAUUCAAAAAACUUUAGCUUGGAUGGAUGAAGACAUCUAA